AUGGUAGUGACCCGCAAAGGACAAUCAGCAACGACCCAACCGAUUCCCGACGUUAACGCCGAAGACAAUCCCGUCAUGACCAACCAAGAGCGCUACCCGUACGGAAUGCCUCGAACUCAACCGGAACCCGUGAUUCAACAGGUCCAGCCAAACACUGACCGAACUCAACCCAAUUUGCAUGAUGACCUCCGUGCGUUGAGGGAGGAAAUGGAGACCAUCCGAAGGCAAAGAGAAGCCGAUGCCCGAGAACUAGCCGAGUUACGUCAACAAAAUGCCGAGCUUCGGAUUCUGAACCAAACUUUCGUGCCGUCCACCCCCACAGCAGCGGAGGAGUCCGCCUAUCACGCCCCAACCGACCAGGUCACUCGAACUCCGGUCACCUCGUUGAUAGCCAACAAGGCCGACACCACCGUCCACUCCUUAAGACAUCCUUUCUCACGGAGGAUAAUGGAAGCGAUUCUUUUGGAUCAUUGGAAGAAUCUCCCAAUUGAGAAGUACGACGGGACCACUGAUCCCGACGAACACCUGAACGUUUUUUUGACGCAGGCGACCCUCUCCACACAAGACGACUCGGCUUUGUGUCGAAUAUUCCCCAUAUCAUUGAAGGGAAGGGCCCUGAGUUGGUUCACCAGGUUGCCGAGUUCUUCCAUCGACUCGUUUGGCGAGUUGUCAUCCCAGUUCACUUUACAAUUCGCGACGAGCAAGCCGUAUAGGACGACCUCGUUGGCUCUAGCGGGGAUUCGUCAGGAGAAAAAAGAAAUUUUAAGAUGCUUUAUGGACCGAUUCAACAAGAUUGCCAUGGAGAUAGGCGAUCUUAACCCGGCCGUCGCCCUAGACAGGCUGAGCACUGCCCUGAAACCGGGGCCUUUCGUGAAUAGCCUCUGUAAGAAACCACCACUCGAUAUGAAUGAUUUGCGUCGCCGAGCCGAGAAGUAUAUGCAGAUGGAGGAGCUUGCGGAAACCCGAAAUCAGGCCAGAGCCGAGGAGGGUAAUAGCAGGAAGGAGCCGAGCCAAGAACUGAUGAAAAAGGCUAACGCCGAACCUUCAAACGCCCGGCCCCCGAGGGGACCAUGA